AUGGUGGCGCUGGAGCUGGAGGUUCUGGAGCUGCUGCGGGUGCUGGCCUACAUUGGAGGUUCUGGAGCUGCUGGAGGUGCUGGCACUGGUGGUGCUAGAGCUGGAGGUUCUGGAGUUGCUGCGGGUGCUGGCGCUGGAGGUUCUGGAGCUGCUACGGGUGCUGGCGCUGGAGGUUCUGGAGCUGCUGCGGGUGCUGGCGCUGAGGGUUCUGAGUCUACUGUUGCGCGGUCUCCUUGGAGUAGCCGCCUUCGUCCGCGUGUGCCGCUCACGUCACAGCAGCUCCACGACUGGUACGGUCGCCGUCAGGGUCGCGCUUCUGGAGCUCGGGGUUCUGCCACUGGAGGUGCUGCUGCUGACGUUGCUGGAGCUGGGAGUGGUACUGGUCCUUUGUCUACUGGUGGUGCUGGAGUCGCUGGUCCCGGAGGUGCUCGUACUGGAGGUGCUGGAGCUGCUGGAGGUGCUGAGCCUGCGGGUGCUACUGCUGGAGACACUGCGGCUGGAGACCCUGGGUCUGGGGGUGCUGCUGCUGGUGGAGCUGGUCCUGGAGGUGCUGGCGCUGGGAGUUCUGGAGCUGCUGGAGGUACUGGAGCUGCUGGUGCUGGUGGCACUGCACCCCCGCGACUGUUCUUCGCUCCACCGUCUCCGUCGUCUCAGCCACCGCCUGGCACUGUGCUUAGUCAGGUUCUCAGCCUCCCGUCUUCUACUGGUCUUUCGUUACAGCCUGGCUCACCGCUGCCUACUCCUUCUCCUUACACUGAGCAGGCAGGAGGUCUUGCUGAGCGUCGUGAGCCUGCGUCGCGUCCUGUCUCGCCUGUUCGUUCUGGUCGUACCAGUCGUCGUGUUCCUCGUCCGCGUUCGCCGGCUGUCCCCAGCGCGCACCUCGUCGUCCGUCGUCCUUUCUCUGCUCCGCAGUCUGUUCCUCUGCCGUCUCCUCCUGCGUCCUCUCUACCUGACGUUCCGGACCCUGAGUCUGACCAGUUUCGUGCUGCCCACCCUACUGUCACGCGUCUGUUAGCCACUGUUGUCACCGACCCGUACUUUGAGUCUGCUGCUGCGUCUGCCUUGGUCGCUGAGCUUGUCGACUUUGCUGCUGCCUGUCGUCUAGACUACGCUGCCGGUCUAGUUGCUGAGUCUGAGUCUGUCUGUCCUCCGUCCGUCGGGGGUGAGUGUGCUCUUGGCACGGACGUCCUUGAGGACAGACAGGAGGACCUUGAGUGUCUUGCGGCCGCUGCGCCUCAUCUCGUGGCCAUGCUGCUUGCCCCUGAGGGAGACCCGGAUGCUAUAGACAUCCCGACCCCGUGCUCUUACGCUGAGGCGAUCGCGGGCCCCUACUCCUCUCAGUGGCAGACAUCCAUGGACGCAGAGAUGGCAUCCUGGAAGUCCACAGGCACUUACGUCGAUGAGGUUCCCCCUCCAGGGGCGAACAUCGUUGAUGGCAUGUGGAUUUUCAGGGUGAAGCGGCCGCCAGGUUCUCCGCCUGUCUUCAAGGCUCGUUACGUUGCUCGAGGCUUCAGUCAGCAACAGGGAGUUGACUUCUUCCAGACCUUCUCCCCCACCCCGAAGAUGACCACUCUUCGGGUGCUGCUGCACGUUGCCGCUCAGCGUGACUACGAGCUUCACUCACUGGACUUCAGCACAGCCUUCUUACAGGGCAGCCUGCACGAGGAGAUCUGGCUGCGCCGCCCACCUGGCUUCACUGGGUCGUUCCCGCCUGGUACCCAGUGGAGCCUCCGGCGGCCAGUCUACGGUCUCCGCCAGGCGCCUCGUGAGUGGCACGACACACUGAGGACUACACUUGCGGCACUUGGGUUUGCUCCUUCGACUGCUGACCCGUCGCUGUUCCUGCGCACCGACACUUCGCUGUCGCCGUUCUACAUCCUCGUGUACGUCGACGACUUGGUCUUUGCCACUGCUGACAUGAAGGCUCUUGCCCUGGUGAAGUCAGAGCUGCAGAAGAGACACACGUGCACAGACCUGGGUGAGCUGCGCAGCUACCUUGGCUUGCAGAUCACCCGGGACAGAGCACGUCGCACCAUCACUCUGACUCAGUCACACAUGGUGCAGCAGGUCCUUCAGCGCUUCGGCUUCACCUGGUCCUCGCCAUAG